UGCAGGUGGCGCUUGAUAAGGAAGCGAUGACACCCAAGAAGGCGGACCUUGUUUUACACUCCGAUUUAUAAAAUCCAGGGAGGCCGAGACAUUGUUGGAAGGCUCCUUUUCCCGAAACAAACGGGCUCAUUCCCAGAUAUCCCCCUCAGGCCGCAAGUGAAUCGCAAGCAGCUCGCCAUGAGUAGCCCCCGCCAAGACAAAGACGAGCACAAACAGGAGGAGCAGCCCGUGUUCCGUACGCUUACGCCUAAUGACCAGUCCGACCUUCCGCAGUACCGCUCCAUGGCCGUGGCGUCCGCGCCGCCGGCCUUCAGCACGAUGGGACCUCGCUCCCCGCUCGGACAGCUAGGUGCCGCUUUCCCCGGCCCCAUGUCGCUCAAUAUGGCCUCAAAGAAAUCCAUGACGAAGAAGCCGGAGGCCGCUUCCGCCGCGCCCUCGUUCGGCAUGCGUGUGGACCGCACGAAGUACGUGAACGUGACCCCUCGUGACCUUCCGCCGGCGCCGUUCCGCCUCGAGAUGCACACACAUUUCCACGUGAAGCUCGAGUCCACGCAGCGCGUGUGCGGCGUCGUGGGCAUCAAGCUCUGCGAACUGGACACGGACUUUGAGUUCAAGGCCGACAAGUGCAAGUGGAAGGUCGAGUACCGCCGCAACACGCAGCGCGUCAGCCUCAACAUUGCCAUCUUCAAGACUUCCAAGGAGGAGUAUGUACUCGAAGUGCAGCGUCGCGAAGGUGACAUCACGGCUCUCAUGCACCUUUACCACGAGCUUAAGAGCCUCUUCCGUCGCAGCCAGCUGCUCAGUGAAAAGACCUCGUCCUCCAACGGCGUCAAGCGCGCCGCCCCCAAGCCGCUGCCCAAGCUGCCGCUCUCCCCCGAGAGCAUCCAGGACGGCGUCUCGGCACUCAAGGGAUUGCUUGAGAGUAAGUAUGCUGACGCACAGAUGCAGGGUGUGCUGGGCGCCAUCUCCAUGUCCACUGUCGAGGAGACCCGCUCCGGCAUGGCCGGUCUUGUGCCGCAGCUUGUGUCACUCGGCCAGUCUAAGAAUGCCAACGUGUCCCGGUUAGUGAGUGCUGCGCUCGCACGGCUCUGUGAUCACCCGCAGUGCCGCCAAGCGUUUAUCCAGUCCGACGGGUGGCAGUUCAUCGUUGACCUUGCUGCCGGUGGCGCCGACGUUACAUCAGAGGUGCAGCGAGAGAGUCUUCACGUGGUAGAGACCCUCUGCCCGCUGUAUCACGAUGAGCUUGCCAAGUCGGAGAACGCUGGACGCGUCUUGGAACUGGUGCAGCAGUGGCAAAAGAUUGAGGACCCGCGCCUCAAGAAGCACGCGUGCAACGCGCACCGUGCGCUUAAGGAGGCAGGAGUCCUCGCCUAAGUAAUUUCAAGGGAGAGGAGGAGGGAAGUACAGGAGAAGAGACCCGUCAGCCACAGUUACUGCAAGUAAUCUUCGCUCCCCACCCGCCUCCGUAUCUUGCUUGUAAGACAUUCCCACCUUCCCCAAGGUCCUCUUUUAUCUUAGCUGUUGGGUGUACCUAUGUGUUAUGAUUGAUGAAACAUGAGAACUUUCUAUCAUCU